AUGAAUGUGGUUAUUGGAGGCAUGAUGGAGCAGCAAGAGGAAGAUAAGAUGAAGGAGGAGGAGGAAUGGCUCUGCCACUGCCUCCUGCGCUUUCUACAUGUUGUAACAGCACUCCUCAUCCUUUCCUUAUGUGAAGAUAACAAAGGAAGUAUCAUAUCCUCUGGAGCAGUUCCUGGUAUUGUUCAUGUUCUUAAGAAUGGAGGGAUGGAAGCACGGGAAAAUGCAGCUACGACCCUUUUCAGCCUUUCUAUUGUGGAUAAUAAUAAAGUUAUGAUUGGCACUUCAGGAGCCAUUCCGCCACUUGUGGUGAAAGGGGACCCUGCCAGGAAGUCAGAUGGGCAGAAGACGCACGUUGAACAUCAUUUUUACGACGCUUCUCUCUUUGGCGUCAGUGAUAAUGCCCUCAAGCCUACUUAUAUCCUUUACAAUCUCUCUCCUGCUGUUACUUUUGCUUUUGUCGACCACCAAGAAGAUGCCCACUUUAAAAAGAUAAGUGUUUGCAGUGUGAACAUCUCUCUGGGAUGGAAGUCUUCGAGCUUGUUCGUGCAGUCAAGAGCAGUUUCUACUUCUAUUUCUCUCACUGGAUUCUCGGUUUCUUCCAGAAGAAAAUGCCCUCACAGAAAGGUUUCUGUAACAUGCUCUUCUUCCACCUUUUCAUCUUCUGAUCCACUCUUGGUUAAGGCUGUGAGAGAGGGAGAUAGAAGGCGAAGAACAGUUACAGAUUCAAAGAGCAAGACGAAAGAAGAAGGACGGCGACGCAGGAAAACUCGCGAGGGUUUCUGUGAGUCGACUCGGACGAUUCCCCUCCUUUCCGCCCCCGAGCCUUUCGCCUCUCGCGCCGUCCGUUAA